AACAAACUAAAAUUACUCCCCAGUCAGAUCGAGUUUUAGAAAUUUAAAAUUAAAGUUUAUUAGAUAUCUCUCUAAUUUAGUUAUAAAUAAAACAGUUAUAAGUAUGGAAUAAGAACAUAAAUUAAAAAUUAGAAGAAUUCUUUUUUUCAAUUAUAUCAAUAGUCUUAUAUAAUAAUAUUAGUGCAAGAUAAGAAUAAAAUUUAGAUAUUCUCAAAAUGGAAUUUAUUAAUGAAGGAAUAGCUCUCGGAGUUGACUUAUUGAUUCUAGGAAUAUGUUUAAAAGAAUAUUAUUCUUAUAAAAGCACAUUAAAGUCGCUGAAGGCAGCCCCUCAAUUGAAUUUAGACUCUGAUUUAAAAUCUACUAUUGCGAAGGAAAAAAAUAAAAUACCUUAUGCCGUUAUACGUGGUAUUGUUACUCCAAUUGGAUCGCCAAUGCGAAGUGUUAUGAAUCCUUCAGUUACCGGAGUUUUGCAGGUAAUUAAAUUAAGUGAACAUAGAGUUGCAAGAGGAUUUGCUGGAUUUUGGACAGAGCAACGAAAGUUAAUUCAUGUGUCAUCAAAUGAAAUUCCAUUUGCAAUAAAAAACAAUGAUGUUGAUGUUGAAAUUAUUGAUGGUUUAGGUGCAGCAAUAUUAGAUUUAGAUGUAGUUUAUGAUAACUAUGAACCAUCAUCUCUAUCAUUUUUUGAUCAUAUCUUUGGGUUUUUCUCUGGAGUUCGCCAAAAAGGACUACAAACAACAGAAGAAGUUUUGCGUGACGGUUCAUUUUUAACUGCAAUUGGUGAAUUAGAACUUGAUGGAAACCAAUUAAAAAUGCAGAGUUCUUCUGUUGGCCCAUUAUUUUUAACAACAGCGACAAAAAGUACUCUUGUUCGAAAGUUUCACGAGGCUAAAUCAUCUAUGAUGGUUAAAAUUGGCUUUUGUAGUAUAUUGGCUGUAGCCUUAGUCGGGAUUAUUGGACGGAAAUUUUAUAUUAAAAAGAAGCAAGAAAGAGAUGAAAAGCGAAUUAAAGAUAGAUUAGAGUGUGAAAGAAGAGAAAGACGUGCAAGAACAAGACCCUUGCAUCUUACCGAAGAUCAAUUAUGUGUUGUUUGUUCAACGAAUCCAAAAGAGGUAAUUAUUCUUCCAUGUGGACAUGUUUGUUUAUGCGAAGAUUGCUCACAAAAAAUCAAAGAUAAUUGUCCUGUAUGCCGUAGUUUAAUAAAUUCAAGAGCUGCAGCUUUUAUCUCUUAAAUUAACCAGAACCAUCAGUAAUGCAAUAAAGUGUUAUGCAUGUAGGAAAUAAAUUUGACCUAUUAAAAUGCAUUUUUCAUAAUAUGUUUAUAUAAAAGUUGGUGUUCUAGCAUUUUUAGAAAUAUUUUAUACUUUUCAUUAUGAUAUUUUAUUGCAGUUUUUUUUGGUUCAUAUAUUUUACCACUCCCUCCCAUAGCCAUUGAAGUUUCCUAUAAAAAAAAAUCAUAGG